AGGAGCAUCAGGAGCAAGAUCGCAGCGCUGGUGCCAAGGCCAGGCAGAUGCCGCCUCCUCUGCCCAGGGUUUCUCUGGCCGCCGCUUGCUGCCUCUUGGUGCUCCAGGUGGACGCCUACUUCGGCCUGACUGGGAAAGAAGCAUUAACUCAGUUUCCUCUGCUGGGGCCUUCAACAAACUCUGCCCACUGGAAGGCUCACUUGAAGCAAUGUGACCUGCUCCGACUAUCCCGAAAACAGAAAAGGCUUUGCCGGAGGGAACCAGGACUGGCCGAGACCUUGCGAGAUGCCAUCCGGCUUGGAGUCCUUGAGUGCCAGUAUCAGUUUCGCAACGAGCGCUGGAACUGCAGUCUAGAUGGGAGGGCUGACCUCCUGAAGCGAGGUUUCAAGGAAACAGCCUUUCUGUAUGCAGUGUCUUCAGCAGCGCUAACUCACUCCCUUGCUCGGGCCUGCAGUGCAGGGCGCAUGGAGCGCUGCACCUGUGACGACUCCCCAGACUUGGAGAACCGCAAGGCCUGGCAAUGGGGUGUGUGUGGAGACAACCUCAAGUACAGCACGAGGUUCCUGAAGAACUUUUUGGGCCAGAAGAAAGUUGGGAAAGACCUGCGGGCCAAAGUGGACAUCCACAAUACUAAUGUGGGCAUCAAGGCGGUGAAAAAUGGCCUCAAGACCACUUGCAAGUGCCAUGGUGUCUCUGGCUCAUGUGCUGUGAGAACCUGCUGGAAGCAGCUAUCUCCGUUCCAUGAGACAGGGAAGCUCCUCAAGUUACGCUACGAUGGUGCUGUCAAGGUCUUCAGUGCCACCAAUGAUGCUGUGGGCCACUCGGAACUGGUGGCCCCCCAGCACCACGGCCAUUUGGCCAAAGGUCCCACCCCUCCCCGCCCCACUGACUUGGUUUACAUGGAAGACUCUCCCAGUUUCUGCCGGCCCAGCAGGUAUUCAGUGGGCACUGCAGGAAGGACGUGUUCCCGCGAGGCCAACUGUGACAGUAUGUGCUGUGGUCGGGGCUACAACAUCCAGACUCGCAUGGUGACCUUCUCCUGCCAUUGCCAGGUGCAGUGGUGCUGCUAUGUUGAAUGUCAACAGUGCAUGCAGGAAGAGGUGGUUUACACUUGCAAGCAGUAA